GACACACGCACAGGGCAGCACGUGCCCGCAUCCCACACGCAGGCUGACUCCCUCCCAACACCCACGCACUGCCUUUCAAACAAGCUGGCACGGACACCCUGACAGUUUACAACACCGUCACACCCCUCGUGCUUGCAGGCGCCCGCGCGCGCGCGCGCGCGCACACACACACACACACACACACACACACACCCCUUCCACCGACCGCUCCCACCAGGACCCCAGAGUUAGACGCGCUGCAGAACCUACCACCACCCCCACCCCCCCACCCCCGCCCCUCCUCCUGGAGUGCUGGGUUUUUCCAGCCGGAGCCUCACUCCCUCUACUGCAAUCUCGGGGAAAUUGGUGUCUGACGCGGCUGCUCCAGCACGUUAUUUAUUGAUUUACUCUGUCCCCCGGGGAGACCCUCCUGUCAGGAGAGCUGCGACCCGGAACUGAGGGAGGCGGGAAGCGGCGGGGCCACGGGUGGCGGGGCAGAGGGGAUGGAGACGAGGACGGUUCAGCAGCCCCCGCCCUGCUCAUCAAGCUCCGGGAGCCCCGCAGGGGCCACCCGGCAGGAGGCCAGAAGAGUGGAGGGAGACUCCAGGAGGAGGGGACAGGAGGCAGCGCUUCGCGACCGAGCCCCCCUGAGCCAGCAGCGCCGGCUCAGACAGGCCACCCAGUUCCUGCACAAGGACUCUGCCGACCUGCUCCCCCUGGACAGCCUCAAGAGGCUCGGCACCUCCAAGGACUUGCAGCCGCAUAGUGUGAUCCAAAGACGCCUGGUGGAGGGAAACCAGAGUCGGUUUCAGGGGGAGUCUCCCCCCGCACAGGCCCCGAUUCACAGCCAGGAGAGCAGGAGGAAGACCAGCAAGACACAGAUUCCUGCUCUUCUGGUGAACUGCAAGUGCCGAGACCAGGAGCUUCGGGUGGCCGUGGACACAGGCACCCAACACAACCAGAUCUCAGCUGGGUGCCUCAGCCGCCUGGGGUUAGGGAAGAAGGUCCUCAAAGCCCCAGGUGGGGACGUGGCACCUGGGCCCCCCAUGCAGGUGGAGCAGCUGGAGCUACAGCUGGGCCAGGAGACGGUGGCCUGCUCAGCCCAGGUUGUGGACUCUGCUUUCUCUCAAGUGCUGCAUCGACCUCGAGCAUGGAGUGCUGCGGCUGAGGGCCCCCUUCCCAGAGCUGCCCUUCCUGCCUCUGUACCAAGAGCCUGGCCAGUGACUGAUGAACCAGUCAGUCCCCGGGGGAAGGACCUUGCCUCGGGGAAGAGCCAUGUUGGGGAAUGGGGCAUUACUAGAGCCAGCAACUGCCCAAUCCUCCAGAAGACUUCCAGAAAGAGGGCCCAUGAUCUCAGGGGACUGGCCUCCCCGUUCCCCUCCAAAUCAGGACUGUGGAAAAGGAUGUAAGCGUGGCGUGGUAGGAACUGGCCCAAGUCAAAGGCUGCAGCCCGUACUGUCCUUUACCUGCCUCCGGAUCCACCCCACACACCCCUCGGUGGCCUUCACUCCCAUGCCUCUCCCUUCCCCUCCUGGGGCUUAGUACCUCUUGCAACUAGACUGCCACAUCUCACCCACCAGGGAUCCUGUCCCUGCUGCCGCCUGCCUUUCUGAUUCUGCGCACAUCUGCUCACAGCUGAGUGGGGAAAGAAACAGGAAACAGAAUACUCCGGUACAGUAGAAAGGCGAGUUGGCAGAGGAGCUUCAGAAGCUUUCUCAGUUACCUUUCCUGGGGUUGCAAAUGUCAGAAGUCAGUUAUUAUUUGAUUUCCCUGUGCGAAACCUUGGGUGUACCUCUAGCAUUUCUCCAGGUGUCUCUCCUCCUCCACUUGCUUUUUUACACUUCAGGGGGAUGGCGAGGAGCCCUGUUGGGAACUGCCCCCACAAGGUGGACAGGAUGGCCGGGCCUGGCCGUACUCAGACUUGGAACCUAACCAGUAGUCUUUCUUAUUUCUAGAACUACUCACCUCAUUAGACGUUCUUCCUUCCCCUCAUCUCUGGCCUCCUGAGCUUGAGCUUGUUUUAUUUUGGAAUCUUAUUUUGAUCCCUUGCCAGGCUCUGAGCCAAAGCACAAAAACAAGGAGGCUUUUCAUCUUCACUGUAAAGAGAGGAACCCAAACCUUAAGGAGCCAGACACCCUGAGCGUCUUUCUGGCAGGUUUGAGUCUCUCAAGUCACGGACGAAGGAGAGAGGAAGACAGUGGUGUAACUAACCUCAGCUAGGGAACUAGGACCUUGGGGUGGGAACAAGAUUGUGAGCCUGGGGUAGAUGAGAGGAGAACCAGCUGCCCUGUGACAUCUGGUCUUGCCUUUCCCAGCUGAGUCCCCUGACCUCAAGAGAAGAGGAGGGGGCUCACCACCACACGUGUAAUGUGGGUACCCUGGUCCCUCACUGCCUUGCCCCAUAACCUCUGCUUUCCUGGCUCUGCCUGUUCCUUCCUGCCUCCUGCUGCUUCUAUAACCGCAGACCCCAGACCCAGGGGCAGGCCUUCAGCCCAGCUGCUUCUCCACUUGAAUAAACACCUGUUUCUCUAUGCUCA